AUGCAGACUACCUACCAAAGCAAGUUCCCUCGAGGAGCUUUGCAAGCUCUGGCAGGCUUUGACCCCCACAACAGAGGUGCCUAUCGCAUUGUGCGCGACUAUGACGUCCCCGUCAGCCUUGUCAAUCAGGCUUUCCCUUGGCUUAAUGAAGCUGAAAAGCAGUUGGAUGAUGCAGCCGAAACUGACAAAGCUGGUCGGGCUUUGGUCAAAGCCAUGAGGUUCUUGGCCAAGGUCGUUGUCCAAGAUGCCCCCUUUCUCAGGAAGCUCACGCCACAACAUUUUGUCUGGAAGCACGAGCUAUUCUCGGAUCCAGUCUACCUCGACUAUGAAGCCAAGGCUCUUGCAGAGGCUGAAACCUCCCAGUUUUCUGUCAGCGACGAGCUGCAAAGAGCCAUACCGGAACUGAGCGAUGUCAUGGUCAACGGUUUCCGCGCGAUGACCUCAGAGCUACAAGGCGUGAAAAGACAAGUGGUUGAACUUGGUGCCGGUCAAGAAGAGCUUAAGAGAAAAGUGGCUGACCGAAGGGGAGACGAGGCCUGGAGACAGAUGUUACGAGGCCUCGCUUGCUCAUUGGAGGCCAUGGCUCAACAAGUCGGACCUGACGGAGCUGUCAGCAGUUCCUAUAUGACUAAUAACACCCCUCAAGCGUCUAACGGCCAAGUUACGAACGCUCCCCAUGACGGGCCCUCAACUACCCAAGCAGCACAGAUCUACAAGAUGGAUCGCGAGUUCGAGGACGUGAACGGUCGACUUCCUGUUAAAGACAUGCUCAGCAUACCUGAGUUCAAGAAGAAUGAGGCCAAAAAGAAACACUUCUCAAGAAGGCAGCAGAUCUAUGGAGUCGUGGUUGAUCUCGCGAAGAAGAAGACUAUAGAAGAAAAGGAGGCAGCAAGGCUGGUGGAGGAUUACAGGAGGGCAAAGGGGUACAGUCUCCAUCAGCUACAAAAGCUGGUGAGGCAAGCAUUCAAUAACGAUGAGAUUUGA